AUGAGUUCUGUUAUUUAUUCACUGCUGGAGAUGACCAGUAACAAUGACCCUAUGUAUUCUUUUCCUUCCUCUAACCAAUACCCUUACACUAACCCUAUUACUCCUCCAACGUAUCCUUCAAAUUACCAGUACCCAUCUGGAGCAUACUACCUACCACCUCCCCGAACUGCAGUACCCUUUCCUGCACCAUAUGAACGGCACCACGUCAUGGGUAUGGACCCUUCAGCACGGGCAUUCGUUGGUGCUUGGUAUCCUUCUUGCGGGUAUUGUGCGCCCAUAAUGGAGAUCGAUGUUCAUAUCAAGAAAGAAACCUUGAAGAUCGUGCCCGAUCAAGAAGAUCCUGAAAAAUUUCUUGUUGAAUUCACUUUUGAUGCCUUUGUUGCUUGCAGCAUUACCCUCUCUGUCUUUGAAGAAUUAGGGGAGGACAUGAGUCCAACAAUAGAAGACCUGCUUCCAUCAAUUACAGUGGAUUUCCCACAAGGUUUUGGCCAGAAAUUCAGACAAAAGUCCGGGACUGGAAUUGACCUUAGACUAUAUCGGGUAAAUGAUUACACAGAGGUGUACCAUUUACAAAUUAAGGCACAAGAAAGUCGAUGCAUAUCAGAAGAUGGAAGUAUUAUUAGUGGAAUUACUAUUUCCCAAUUUACUCUAGCAGAGUUUGAGAAGGAGAAGGAUGAAUGCCAGGUUAGGGUUACAAGCCCGUUCUUAAAGGUGAACAAUGUGGAGUAUGAUAUCGGUGGAUGUGGUAUUUAUUUUUGGAAUGAUCCUGGUGAACAAUAUCGUAAAAUUGGGAAGUUAUUGGUUUCUAAUAUAAAAAUUGGGAUGGGGAGUAGUGGUACGAUUGUAUUUAAGGGAAGUUAUGAUGAUAGGGAAGUUGCUGUGAAAAGGAUUGUGAAGGAACAUUAUGAUGUUGCAAUGAACGAGAUUGCAAAUCUGAAUGCAUGUGAUUGGCAUCCUAAUAUUGUUAGGUAUUAUGGUGUGGAGAAGGAUCAAGAUUUUGUUUAUGUUGCUCUUGAGAAGUGUGUAUGUAGCUUACAUGAUUUGAUAUUGUCACAUGGUAAUUUGGGUGUGCAAUUGGAACCCACAACAGAUGUUUUUAAGGAUUUGAAAUUGUGGAAGCCUAAUGGGUAUCCUUCAUCUACUUUGUUGAAUUUAAUGAGGGACACGGUUAGAGGACUUGCCCAUUUACAUGAACUUAAAAUCAUUCAUCGUGACUUAAAGCCCCAAAAUGUCUUAAUACAAAAAUAUACUUAUAUCUGUGCGAUGGUCUCAGAUAUGGGUAUUAGCAGACGCCUAGCUGCAGAUAAAUCUUCAUUAACCAAAAGCACAACUGGGAGCACCGGGUGGAAAGCACCCGAACGACUACGGAAUGAAAGACAAAGGCGUUCUGGGGAUUUAUUCAGUCUUGGGUGUCUGUUUUCCUUCUGUAUCACUGGUGGUAAACACCCGUAUGGUGAUGCAAUUGAGCGUGAUAUAAAUAUUUUGAACGGAAAGAGAUAUCUAUCAUCCGUAGAAAAGAUUCCGGAAGCCUUUGAUCUUAUCUCUCGUCUCCUAGAUCCUGAUGCAGAAUCCAGGCCAAAAGCCACAGAAGUAUACAACCACCCUCUAUUCUGGGACCCUGAAAAACGUAUCUCCUUCCUUCGUGACUCAAGUGACCACGUAGAACUAGAAGACCCUGGUUCUAAUCUCCUAAAAUCACUCAAACACAUCAAGCAUUACAAGGACUGGAACCAAAAAUUAGACAAAACACUCUUCACAGACAUCGAGCGUUGGAGAGUGUACAACUAUAACAACGUACGUUGUUUAUUACGAGCCAUAAGAAACAUAUAUGGUCACUAUGGAAAUCUCUCAAAAGAGUCGCAAAGUUUGUUUAGGAAGGACCCCACAGAAAUCGAUGGAUAUUUUAGCAGCCUGUUUCCAAAACUUGUUAUGGAUGUGUAUAAAGUUUUGAAAAAGAAUGGUGUGGAAGGUGAGAUUCAUGAUAAGUAUUAUAAACAAUAUCAGUUUUAAGUUUUAUAUUUGCGGAAAAUGUCAAUGUACUUUAUAUCCUGCCCUUAGGCUAAAUGUUGUAGAUAGCAAUGUAUUUUUAUUAAUUUGUGUAUUGUAACAUUGUAAUUCUUAUUUCUUUAUGUUACUUUCAUUUUUUUAGUAAGGCUUUGUAUUUGAAAUGUAUCCAAUAUUAGCAUUCUACUUUUGUUUUUUAUUAGGACAUUAUAUAUUGAGUAUUCUACCUAAUUGUAACAAGCAAAUC